AUGAACCUUCUCUCAUGGUAUCAGGCCGGUCGUUUCCACGACCGCACGCUUCCACCCACCCCUAACGCCGCCUCCGCCGCCAUGGCAAAUGAUGUCGCCGUAGCCGAGCGUGCUGCCGCCGCAGCUGCUGAGCGCGAGGCCGCCGUUGCUCAUGAGCGCGAGGAUGCCGUAGCCCGUGAGCGCGCGGCCGACGCUACUCUAGAGCACGACGCGGCUGCCGCUCGGGAGCACCAGGCUGCCCACGCCAGCCAAGUCCAGCAGGUGCUCAUUCUCUAUGAGGCAGCCGCCCUCUCCAACCUCCAUGCUCAAGCCGUAGCGGUUCAGAACAUCAAGGCUCUCGUGCCCAUUGUUCUGGAUCUCUCCUCGCCGCACUACAGCAAAUGGCGCGAGCACCUCCUCCUCACGCUCGGCAAAUACUCCCUCACCGACCACGUCCUCACCGACGACACCCACCCCGAGCUCCCUGAUUGGUACCGGAUGGAUUGUGUCGUCCGUUCGUGGUUGUAUGGCAUGAUCUCCACCGAGCUCGUGGAGAUUCUCAUGGAACCCAACACCACCGCCCUGACUCGUGACCUCCCCGUGUCCGACUAUUGCCGGAAGCUGAAGAGUAUGGCUGACGCUCUUGGAGCCCUCGGCGAGCCCGUGCAAGAUCAAACUCUAGUCCUCACCGUCCUUCGCGACCUGAAUGACAAGUUCACCUACAUGGCCGCCUUGCUCAAGCGUCAACGCCCGUUCCCGUCGUUCCUCGAGGUUCGCUCUGACCUCCUCCUCGAGGAACUGACGAUGGAAAAUCGGCCUUCCUCCGUCACCGCAUUCAUCACCACCAACCCGUCUGCACCUCGUGGGGGCACUCAAACCGAGGGCGCGCCGUCUGGAUCCAUCGGUGACACAUCCGGGACCCGCCCUCCUGGUCCUCCCCAUGCCGGUGCUCCACAGGGCCACCCCUCCAGCGGCUCUGACAACUCCAACCGCUGUCGAUGUUGCGGCAAUGGGGGUGCCAAGGCCUCCGGCAGCGCGGGUUCCUCCAACACCAACACCGUGCCCUGGCCCUCUUUUUACAAUCCCUGGACCGGCACUAUUUAG